AGCGCGAUUGACACGGAAGAACUUGGCCCUAUUCGACAAGAUGGGCAAGAAGAAAACUUCAGACCCCACAGACGACUCCAAAACGAAGCGACUAUGGUGGUCAAGACAAGCGGGAGGCUGUUGCAAGAAUAUCCCAAAGGCUACGACCAAGCCUUCAACCAGGCAUUCACGGGUCUUCCAAAAGACGUCGGUUUCAACAAUGGCCUGUCUAUUCCGCAGCCUGACUUCGUUGAGGGACUUGAGAUGGAGAAAUACCUUCCGUUCCCGGUCGACAAGCGCACCUGCGGGGCCGUCCUAUAUAAGGAUGACCCUCACUCCUUAAUACUGCCGCAUAUUGCCGGAGAAUGGAAGGGAUCCGGAAAGGAUAUGGAAGUAGCGAGAAUGCAAGCCGCCUACGACGGCGCGGCUCUGGUCUACGCCAGAAACCAGGCCCUUGAUGCCGCGAAGGAACCGUACCUCGCUGGUCACGCAAAAGUCACAACAUUCACCACGGAUGGCCGCAACCUCAACCUCUUCGCACAUUACGCUGCCAAAACGGAGGGCGGCACGCCCGAAUACCACCAGUACCCCAUCAAGUCGCUAAACCUUGUGGACUCCCACCAAGGAUACAAGGAGGGCCGAAAGCAACUCAGAAACGCCCAGGACCUUGCAAGGGAAGAGUCCUAUGCACUCAGGGACGAGCUCAAGGAUUACUGGAGGCAACCCCGUGACAGCCUCCAUCCUAUCGCCGAAGGAGUUCCGCCUCUGUCUGUACCCGACCUGGAGCCUCUGGAUACGACGCAUGUGUUCGAGGACGAGGACGACUAUGAAGUCGUCAAACCACGGCCUGUUUACCAGCCCACGCCUCCUACAUCGUCCAGACCCAAGCACGACCAGAAGCGAAAGGCCCAAAUCUCGCAGGAAUCGUCGAGCGUGUCUUCCAGGUACAGGAGCAAGCUCAGGAGCUACUGGAAGAAGGACGUCAUGAGCGGACGUCAUUACCACAAGCAUUCGGAUGGUACCGUCUCCUGGCUUGACGACGAGGAAGACGAGCGUGAUUAG